AUGGCAACGUUUCUUCAUCUUCCAUCACCUUCUUGUGCUUCUUUACUGACCAACAGAGAGAGUUAUAAAUUUUGUUGCGGUCUUGCUUCAAUUCAGUCACGUAAAUCCAAAGCGUUCAGAGUUAGAGCUGUUAGAGAGAAAACUGAGGAAAUCAAAAGCCCCUCUAAGACAUCUUCACCUGAGGAUGUCACUAAGAAGUAUGGUCUUGAAGCUGGUCUUUGGAAGAUUUUUAGCUCAAAGGAAGAAGGGGAUGAACAACAGAAAUCUAAAGGGGAUCAAGCCAAGGAGUUGCUGGCAAAAUAUGGAGGAGCAUACUUGGCCACCUCCAUUACUCUGUCAUUGAUUUCUUUUGCUCUUUGUUAUGCACUAGUCAAUGCUGGAGUAGAUGUUCAAACUCUGCUUCAGAAGGUAGGAAUCAAUACUGAUGCGACCGGGGAAAAAGUUGGUACAUUUGCUUUGGCAUAUGCUGCACAUAAAGCUGCAUCACCAAUUAGGUUUCCACCCACAGUAGCACUUACCACAAUUGUAGCUGGUUGGAUUGGAAAGAAAGCUGAGAAAGAUAAGUAG